AUGAAUUGCCAAGGCCGAAGAACCCUCAUCGGGAAACCCAAACCUCCGCCAGCGCUACCACAAAGUUCAGAGGAGGUUCCGAAUCUGAUAGAGCAGCGGAGGAAGAAGCAGCUGGCACCCAAGUCGUUGUCGGUGUCGAUUUCGCCGUUCGAGUUGGAGGAUCGGCUGGCAGUGGCCUCAGCUCCACAUUCGCAGAGGACGUUUGCAAAUUUGCCAACAACAUUACACACCCCUUCUCCUCUUGCUCGUAUUGACGCUCUCAAAUUACCCUCCGAUCACCCCCAUGCACGGAAACAUUCCAUUCUCGACGGCCAACUUUCACUCGACCCAACAAUCUCUGUCCCUCCAUAUCCCUACAGCCCGUCAUCAUCCACAUCCAUAUUCUCGACCCCAUCGCAGGGCAUGUGGAAGUUCUCACACUUUGCAGGCGAGAGGAAAGCAGGGGAAAGCAAACCUCGGGCAGAAUUCUAUAAGUCCAUGACGCUAGCAACUUCCUUGCGUCCUGUUGAUGGACAGAAAUGCCUGGGAAACGACGUGGGCAUGACUCACCCAGGUAGACUUCCAGCUGACUAA